CAAAAUGGUGUUUCAGAUGAAGAAGCCUCAAGUGUUCAUCAGUUUUCGGGGGAAAGACGAACGGAAGAAGUUACUGCCACAUCUCAAACAUCACUUGGAAGCUAGCCCUAGCAAUGUGAGGGUCUUCACGGACGACGACAAUAUUGCACAGCGGCUCGACAGACUCUACAACCAUAUAAGAAACUCAUGGUUGGUGAUCGUCAUCUUCUCCAAAGGAGAGUGCGGAGCAAAGUUUCGAACUUUGGAGAAAUCGUGUCCUGAUAAGGUCAAGAAAUGGAAGAAAGCUUUGGGGUUCGUCGCUAACUAUUCAGGGUUGACUUAUCAAGAACAGAGUUCAGUUUCUGAGUUGGAUUUUAUCAAGACCGUCGUCAAAAAGGUUGAUCAAAUUUUUGCCAAAAGUCCACCAAACGAGAUAUUUGAUAAGUCACAACUUCACUUGUCAAAGACACUAGAAGCUCUGAAUCUGGAAAGAUCUUAUUUUCGAGGAUUCAUGCACGGCUCGGCAUGGAAAGAUCUUAUAUCGUUCGUGCAGAGUAGCAACCGUUUCGAGAUACCUGUUCCUGAAAGCUCUAUUCAGUUUCCUAUGAAUCGUCAGAGAUUCGAUUUACAAGCAGAAAGAAAUGAGUUGUUUGAGAAAGCUACAAACAUACUUGCCCUUCGCAUGAUGCAUAAUCCGACAGAACCUGCACUGAUCUUCAGUAAUUGGGACAAACUAGACGACGAAAUGAAGAACUAUGUCUUCCACUCUGCACAUAAGAAGAUCAAGAUGAUCAAGAUCUACAAUGAUAUUGAUUCCGAGCCUCUCUUUCGUUCAAAUGUUUCUCCCUACGUUGAAGAACUAAUAUGGGACAAGACGUUAGAGCCUCAGGUUUGGCCACAUCCUGAUCAUAGACCCGCCAGCUCAUUUCAUGACAAUAGAGAACAAUCUUACCCAUUGCUUUAUGAAAUGGACUGGCCGGUGGAACCCCUGGUCGAACCCCCGGCCAAACCCCGAGUUCAACUCACCGAUAAAUCCCCGGUCAAACCCCUGUUCGAAGCUCAACGGAGUAAUGACAACCCGGGUUAUUUUACGACUCUGUGUUACUGUCUCAAGAGCUGUGUGUGUUUAACCUAAGGAGCAAAAAUAUGAUCCGGAGGAUUUGCCGACAUAAAAUUUCCGUUGCAGGCAGUAUUGGUUAUAUCUUUUACUUGUGACAUGCGCAAAAGCUAUUGUAUCACGUUCUGACAUUGCGGUCAAACUUGUUUAUAUAGUUUUUUUUUUACUUUACUGUUACAAUA